AUGUUCUUGAAACUUCUCAAAAUGAAGUGUGAGUAUAUCAAUUUAACCCUCAAGUAUGGCACUGUCGAGAUGGAAGUUUUUCUUGAUAACAUGGAAAAACUCGAACUAGAGCUGUAUACGAGUGGACAUGUAGAAUUCAGAUAUGGACAGAAUGUGAUUUUAUGUCGCACAAUGGGAGUCCAUCCAAUGGACUAUGCUGUUUCAAUUAUGGACGUCCUGCAUUGCAUGUCGAUUUAUUUUUUCAAAAUCGCUGAAAUAUCUCCAUGCAAUGUUCUCCCUCUUCUUGUGAACCUCCCGAAAAUUAAUAGAGUCGUUGUUCACAGCGAUUUGUCCGCCGCUUUUCUAGUACACUCACGGCUACUAAAAGUUCUGAGAAUCGUUUUUCCAGUAUCUUCUGAAAUGCCAUUCCCCAUUUCUUCCUAUCCCACAAAUAUCACCAAGAGAUUCUCCAAGAGAAUUUUGACGCCGUGA